CUUGAUCAAUAUACACGUCAAUCUACGACACCCUCUAAGCCCACAGUGGAAAUUCCAGCAAACAAGGAGGCAGUUCGUUGGAGGCAUCCCUAAAACUUACUACAGUCCCAUCCAAGCAUGCAUCAGUCUCCUGCAGUGAAGCAACAAAAAGAACCCGGCUUCGCUGAGAAAGCAGCCAAGCUCGAAGAGAAAAAACAAGCUCAACAACAGGAAGUCAUUGAUGCACCUUCGGGGAGUGAUCCUAGCAAAUUAACGCCAACUGCAAAACCGAAACAGAAGAAAUCCAAGGGAGGAGCUGGAGGAAACAAGAAAAGUGGCGGCGCUGAACGUUGGCCAAGGAUUGAAGUAGAUCGGCACAAAGUAAGGAUUGUAAACGGGUGGACGGGACGGUGGCCGCAGAUAAGUGGGGACUGGGGUUGUAGUGGAGCCGUGGAGGACCAUAGGAGGAAGAAGGAGGCGCGUAAGUUGAUGACGGAGGUGGACCAUAAGAGGAAGACGGAGGUCCCUAGGACGACAGAGGAGGCGCAUACGUCGAUGGAGGUGGACCGUAAGAUGACGGCGGAGGUUCAUACGUUGAUGGAGGUGAACCAUAACUGGAAGGCGGCGGUUCAUAUGUCGAUGACAGAGGAGGUGCAUAAGUUGAUGAUGGUUCCCCAUACGUCGAACUGGCACCAUGUAUUGUCAAAUGCAGAGGAUCCGAGAACAGACAGGAGGUUGUUCAAGGAAGGAUCAUCUUGGACAGAGGAUGAUGCGGAAUCCCGAACAGGGUUCGCGACGAGUUUGUUGAGACGAGAUGUCUCUGCUGCAUAUUCUGCUCCGUUCGAAUCAAGCGCAGAAACGUAA